GCAGGCCCUUAGCGGAGCCGGGAGAGUGUGGCUGCCGGAGGAUUGCGAGCUCCGCGUGCGCCCAGUGCCCGGCCGGCCGGAGCCUUUGGCUUGCCCGACUCCGGAGGACACGGGCAGCAGCCUCCGGCCUACUUCCCGCGCACAGCCAUGUCUGGUAACGGCGACGCGGCCGCAACGGCGGAAGAAAACAGCUCAAAGAUGAGAGUGAUUCGCGUGGGUACCCGCAAGAGCCAGCUGGCCCGCAUACAGACGGACAGUGUGGUGGCAACGCUGAAAGCCUUAUACCCAGGCCUGCAGUUUGAAAUCAUUGCUAUGUCCACCACAGGAGACAAGAUUCUUGAUACUGCUCUCUCUAAGAUUGGAGAGAAGAGCCUGUUUACCAAGGAGCUGGAACACGCGCUGGAGAGGAAUGAAGUGGACCUGGUUGUUCACUCCCUGAAGGACCUGCCCACGGUGCUUCCUCCUGGCUUCACCAUUGGAGCCAUCUGCAAGCGGGAGAGCCCCUAUGAUGCUGUGGUCUUUCACCCAAAAUUUGUUGGGAAGACCCUAGAAACCUUGCCAGAGAAGAGCGUGGUGGGAACUAGCUCCCUGCGGAGAGCGGCCCAGCUGCAGAGAAAGUUCCCACAUCUGGAGUUCAAGAGUAUUCGGGGAAACCUCAACACACGGCUUCGGAAGCUGGAUGAGCUGCAGGAGUUCAGUGCCAUCAUCCUGGCCGCAGCUGGCCUGCAGCGCAUGGGCUGGCAGAACCGGGUGGGGCAGAUCCUGCACCCUGAGGAGUGCAUGUAUGCUGUGGGUCAGGGGGCUCUGGGAGUGGAAGUUCGAGCCAAGGACCAGGACAUCUUGGAUCUGGUGGGUGUGUUGCAUGAUCCUGAGACUUUGCUUCGCUGCAUUGCUGAACGGGCCUUCCUGAGGCACCUGGAAGGAGGCUGCAGUGUGCCAGUGGCAGUGCAUACAGCUAUGAAGGAUGGGCAACUAUACCUGACUGGAGGAGUCUGGAGUCUGAAUGGCGCAGAUAGCAUGCAAGAGACGAUGCAGGCCACCAUCCAUGUCCCUGCCCAGCAUGAAGAUGGCCCUGAGGAUGAUCCACAGCUGGUGGGCAUCACUGCCCGGAACAUUCCACGACGAGCCCAGCUGGCUGCUGAGAGCCUGGGCGUCAGCCUGGCCACCUUGUUGCUGAACAAAGGAGCCAAGAACAUCUUGGAUGUUGCACGGCAGCUCAACGAUGCCCACUAACUGGUCUGUGGGGCACAGGUGCCUGGGUUGCUGGUGCCCCGUGCCUACAUCCCAGCCCUCAGUGCCCCAGUCUCACUGUUACCUGGGGGGUGAUUACCCAGGGGAUGGAACUGCAGGGGCGGAGACUUAGAGACUUGUCUCAACUUGGGGCCUUGGUGAUGCCUUGUCUCCUCAGUAGGUGGAGGCUUAGUCUCUAGAGAAAAAACAUCUAACAAGCCACAGCCUUUGAAUGUAACCAACUCAACUAAUAAACUAGAUUUGAAGGUG